AUGAUAUCUCAGCAAUCGUUUACCCCUGCUUUAACACAUACAAACAUACAAAUGCUACCCAAAACACAACCAUUAGCGAAGGGAAAUCAAGACCGCAUUACCGUUAACGCGGACUGAUACAAAAUGCCUGUCACUCGGAACCAUAAGCAACAAUGACGCAGUAAAUAAAAGAUCCUGAUAGUCAAGUUGUCAACACAACAGGUCGCCAUCAUGUCGAAAAAGGGUGACUGUAACCGUUGUUGUUGUGCACUAGCAGUGUUUCUUAGCCUUGCCAUUGCCUCUGAUUCGGCCCAAGUGACCUUGGUCAACGCUACCACUCCGGUGUCGUCUAACACUACCAUGUCUACUGUAACACCACCGAUCACACCUGCUGGGGAAGUGGACUGCAGUAGCCGCAAUUCUUCCUGUGGCGAAUGUAUUGGAGACGUGAAGUGUUACUACUGCUACAAGGACAACACCUGCCGUCUGUACCCGGCCUCGGCGGUUCUUCCCACAUCGGAAUGUUCGUUGUCACAGGUGCGGUGGGGAGCCACGUGUAACGGUACGUAUACGUAG